AUGGAUGCCAGUGCUUACUACCCUGGUAGCUUCACCUUUGCUACUUCCUUACUAGAUUUGCAGGGCAACUCUCUAAUUACACAAUUGCGUGUAGUGUAG